AUGUCUUCUGCGCCACUGAUUGACAAACAAAAACAUAUAGCUUCCCAACACCAACCGGCAGGCCCUUCCUCGUCUUCUUCUUCUUCUACGUCGCCUUCCUCUUCUAUGCCCGCGUCUCUCCUCAGGAAUCUAUAUAUCGCCCAUUUCUUGGCCAGAUGGGAUGCCAGGAUGUGGGAAUUCUGUGUUGGGUUGUACAUGAUCAAUCUCUGGCCUGGCUCUUUAAUCCUACCAGCAGUUUACGGAGCUGUUGAAUCUGCUUCCAUUGCACUCUUUGGUCCGCUCGUUGGACAGUUGAUUGACGGCCUCACUUAUGUGCAGAUUCUCCGGCUUUGGUUGGUGACUCAGAACCUGUCUUUUAUAGUUGCUGGUGCCACAGUGAUAGCCUUGUUGCUCUCCGCAACUCUCAAGUUCACCAAUUUUACAGCAUUCAUAUCCCUUGUUGCAUUAGCCAACGCCUCUGGAGCAAUUGGUACUCUUUCCACUCUUGCUGGCACCAUCUUGAUUGAAAGAGAAUGGGUAGUGGUGAUUUCCGAAGGCCAUCCUCCAGGUGUGUUAACAGAGAUGAAUUCAACCAUCAGACGGAUUGAUUUGACCUGUAAGCUCCUUGCACCGGUGGUGUCUGGCUUCAUCAUCAGCUUUGUAUCACUAAAAGCAUCAGCCAUUACUUUAGCUUGCUGGAACACUGUAGCAGUAUGGCUGGAGUACUUCCUUUUCAUGUCUGUGUAUAAAGGGAUUCCAGCUUUGGGGGAGAGUAACCUAAAGAGGGUUUCAAGAUUUCCCCCCGUCGGUGAUGUAGAAGAAAGCACCACUACGCCCUUUAUAUCCCCUGAGCAUGUGAGUUCAGUUUCUCUUGGUGAAGCACCCUUUAACGUGAUUAAUGAUGGAUGGAGAAAGGAAAUGGAUGAAUGGCUAUCAAAGGCACCCUUCAUUGGAGCUUGGAGAGUGUAUCUGAGACAAAGUGUUGUGCUCCCUGGUGUUGCCCUUGCUUUACUGUUUUUCACAGUUCUCAGCUUUGGCACCUUAAUGACAGCAACCUUAGAGUGGGAUGGCAUUCCUGCAUAUGUGAUCGGGUUAGGUCGAGGUGUUAGUGCUAUCAUUGGGAUAUCUGCAACUUUUGUCUACCCAGUCAUGCAGUAUCAAAUUUCAACUCUCAGAACUGGACUCUGGUCAAUUUGGUCUCAGUGGGGUUGCCUUCUGGUAUGCGUUGGUGCAAUAUGGAUCCAAAGCCGGACAUUAUCAGCAUACAUUCUCAUGGCAGGAGUUGCAUUGUCUCGAAUUGGGUUAUGGAUGUUUGACUUAUCAGUGAUCCAGCAAAUGCAGGAUCAAGUUGCUGAAUCUGAUCGUUGCGUUGUGGGAGGUGUUCAAAACUCUCUUCAAUCUGCUCUUGAAUUGUUGGCUUAUGUGAUGGGCAUAAUCAUCUCAAACCCACAGGAUUUUUGGAAGCUAACUUUGAUAUCAGUGGCUGCUGUAACAUUAGCUGCCAUCCUUUAUAGCAUACAUAUAUACCGGGUGCGGAAGCACCUCAUCCACUUUGAAAAGCUUAUUGUUUGGGCAAGAUGGGCAAUCAGAUUGGCCAAAAGAAUUUACCCCUCAGCCAGAGUGUUCCUGCAAUUGUAUGCUUGUGGUAUUGAAGGCUAG